UUCUCAUCCCCUCAUCAUCACCACCAGCAUCACGACCCCUAUACUGGAUGUGCUAAAACCAAAGAGCGUGUUGCUGUAUAUGGGACUUUGUUUUGGAUUAUUGGGAUAUUGUUUGGAUCUAUACAACAUAAAUAAAGUUAUGGGAAGAUCUGCAAGGCCUGAAACUGGACUAGAACAUACAGCACAGUGCCACGGGGCGUGGCUACGGAUCUGAAGCCAAGAUGGUUGCCGUCUGUUUUAAUCCUUGCAGUCGCCUCAAAGGAAAAUCAUCGGAUGGGCCUCUGUAUCACUGACAGAACACACUGAGGAUCAGCAUUGUCGAUCCUUAGGUAGGAAGACGGAUAUUUACUCCUUUGCCUCUCUUCUCGGAUUGGAAGACUGGGAUUUGACUGGAGGAUUUUCGUCCUUUAAAUAGCCUCUGGUCUAUAUUACAAUCAAACGGAUAUUGUGUCAUCUUCUUAAAUGAAACAUUGCACGCUUGGGACAUACAGUACAUUAAAUAUAUCAGUCUUUGAAACACAAAACACACCUGAUGCUAUUGACAAUCUAAGGAUCUCUCCCUCUAAAAUCUAACCCCAACUGCCACAGUCUACCCUACUUAUUUUUGCUAUAAUGCAUCCCUUUAGUCUCUCCCAGCGUGUUCUCCUGCUGCUCAGUACUCUGCUGGGCCUGUGCCAGGGUCUGGAGUUCACAGGCUCCGAGGGUCAGUGGGCUCGGUAUGUCCGCUGGGACGCCAGCACCAGAAGUGAGCUCACCUUCCAGUUCAAGACAGCCGCGUCCGAUGCCCUGAUCCUCUACUUUGACGAUGGCGGCUACUGCGACUUCCUGCUCCUCACGGUAACGGACGGGAAGCUCCAGCUCUGCUUCAGUGUCGACUGCGCCGAGACCACGGUCACCUCUGAGAAACCGGUCAACGACAGCCGCUGGCAUUUCGCUACAGUCAGCCGACACAACCUCAGAACGGUCCUAGCCCUGGACGGGCAGACCAAGGCGGACGAGGUUCGACCACAGCGCCAGUUCAUGAAGAUCGUCAGCGACCUCUUCCUCGGAGGUGUACCCGGAGACAUCAGGACCUCGGCCAUCACCCUGCCGACGGUUAGAGAGCUGCCACCGUUCAAAGGAGUUAUCACAGACCUGAAUUACGGAAACAAGGUUCCCACGCUGAUCAACAGUCAGAAGGUGCGCCUGGAGAUGAUGGGUCUCUGUACAGAGAACCCGUGUGAGAACGGAGGCCACUGCUCCAUGGCUGAUGGAGAACCGUACUGUGACUGCUCCAGAACUGGAUAUACCGGACGGACCUGCGGUGAAGCAGCCGUUCAGAGGAAACCAGGCUUAGCACAUCUGAAGGCAUCUGAGUCAGUUUACCCCCAGAGCUCCAAUGACCCUCAGGGGAACUAUGUCUGCUGCCUCCCAGGUGCACUAAGCACUUUUCUGGAUAAGUGUCUGUGCCAAGCCCCAGUGUCAGCUGUCAUCAACUCUGGUUAUUCCUAG